GGACAUCUUUAGUAUUAAACCAGUACUAGCACGACAAGACAAUUCAUUUCUGGAAUAAUUUAACAAAUAAAUAAAAAAUCUUAAAUCAUCCAUUUUAAAAAUAUUGUGAAAGUGAAAUAUAAAUAAAUCAAUCAAAAUGACAAUAUCUGCUGCAUCUGGAGAUUUUAAAAAGCCAACAGUUCAAGCUUACAAAGAUAAAAGUAAACCGGCUGAUAUUCGAGCUAGUAAUAUCAAUGCUGCAAAAGCUGUCAGUGAUGCAAUUCGAACAAGUUUGGGACCCCGUGGGAUGGAUAAAAUGAUUCAAGCAAGUAAUGGCGAAGUUACGAUCACAAAUGAUGGAGCUACCAUUCUUAAACAAAUGAAUGUUAUGCAUCCUGCAGCAAAAAUGUUGGUUGAAUUAUCUCGUGCACAAGAUGUAGAAGCUGGUGAUGGAACCACAUCCGUUGUAGUCGUUGCUGGUGCAUUCUUAGAAGCCGCUGAAAAAUUAUUACAUCGUGGAAUUCAUCCAACAGCAAUAUCUGAUGCAUUCCAACGUGCAUCCACUAAAGCUGUAGAAAUAUUAACAGAAAUGUCCAAACCAAUUGAAUUAACCGACCGUGAAAAUUUAAUAAAAAGUGCAUCAACAUCAUUAAAUUCAAAAGUUGUCUCACAACAAUCAAGUUUAUUGGCACCGUUAGCUGUGAACGCUGUUUUAAAAGUAACGGAUCCUGCACGGGAGUUAAAUGUUGAUUUAAAGGAUAUUAAAGUUAUACAAAAGUUGGGAGGCACUGUUGAAGAUACGGAAUUAAUUGAAGGUUUAGUAUUCACACAAAAAUCAGCGAAUGUUAAUGGUCCAAAACGUAUUGAGAAAGCAAAUAUUGGUCUUAUUCAGUUUUGCAUUUCUCCACCAAAAACUGAUAUGGAUCACAAUGUGAUAGUCUCUGAUUAUGCAGCAAUGGAUCGUGUCUUAAAAGAAGAACGUGCUUAUAUUUUGAAUAUUGUAAAACAAAUCAAAAAGACUGGAUGCAAUGUACUUUUAAUUCAAAAAUCUAUUUUAAGGGAUGCAAUCAGUGAUUUAGCAAUUCAUUUCCUGGAUAAAAUUAAAGUAAUGGUUGUUAAAGAUGUUGAACGUGAAGACAUUGAUUUUGUUUGUAAAACAUUAAAUUGUCGUCCAAUUGCCAGUUUAGAUCAUUUCGUUGCAGAAAACUUAUCACAUGCAGCUUUAGUCGAAGAAACACAAACUGGUACAAGUCGUUUCGUUAAAAUAACCGGUAUUCAGAAUCCAGGUCGUACUGUAACCGUUGUAGUUCGUGGAUCAAAUAAAUUAGUAUUAGAAGAAGCUGCACGAUCUUUACAUGAUGCAUUAUGUGUUAUACGAUGCUUGGUAAAGAAACGUGCUUUAAUUGCUGGCGGUGGAGCACCCGAAAUUGAACUUGCAAUACGUCUUGCAAAUCAUGCACAAACAUUAGAAGGUGUUGAUGCGUAUUGUUGUCGUGCAUAUGCUGAAGCAUUAGAAGUAAUUCCAUCAACUUUAGCUGAAAAUGCUGGUUUAAAUCCAAUACAAACUGUUACGGAAUUACGUAAUAGACAUGCUGGGGGUGAAAUAACAGCUGGUAUUAAUGUGCGUAAGGGUGCUAUUACAAAUAUUUUAGAGGAAAAUGUUGUACAACCGUUGUUAGUUUCAAUCAGUGCUAUUACUUUAGCAACUGAAACUGUUCGAAGUAUUCUCAAAAUUGAUGAUAUUGUAAACACCAUGAAUUGAAUGGAAAAUUAAACAAAAUCAUUAAUUAACAUAAAUUUAAGUGCGCUUCUUUAAUUUAUACAUUUUUGUGCAUUCAUUUCACACAUAAUAAAUAAAUAAUGCUUUAAUAAAUUUCAAAUUUGUAUUGUUGUCUUUAAUAAAUUGUAU